GGCCACACUGGUUACAUCAGUUAAAGCAUUGACACAGGGUCGUUAGCCAGCCAGGGAAAAAAAUAUUUUUAGUCACAGCCGAAAACCACGUGUAGUUUUUUUUAUAUUUAAAAAAAUUUAAUUAAAAAUAGUAAGUGUACUAAAUUUAACGCCGGGUAGUGAAAAGAGAAAUAAAAUCAUCUUGUUAUUACAAAAAUUAAGAUUGACACGAUGGCUGAAAUCCAGAACAAAUAUAAACACUUAGGAUAUGAUCAAGUACGAGAUAGAAUAUUUGCGGGUGAGAUAGACGUAAAUAUCCAAUAUCCAGGAAUCUCCGAUUUUGACCCUCUAAUUCUUGAAAUCGCGAUUAAAAAACAAGACACCGAAUUAAUCGACUACCUUCUCCAGCACAACGUGGACGUGAAUAAAAAAGUAAAAUAUCGUAAGCCAGCAAUUUAUUUAGCAGUCGAAUCUGACGACAUUGAGUUGGCUCAAAAAUUAUUAAACGCAGGCGCUAUUUGUCCUCUCGUACGAGGGCGUUACAGAAAAAGAUUCGAUGCUUGUGGAAUGUUACAACUAGCUAAAAAAAAUAAGAACACAGAGAUGGUAUACUUGUUAUCAGAAAGACUCGAUGAAUAUCGCGAUCCGUAUGACGGAGGAGAUGAUGAUUGGACUAAUAGUGAUAGUGAUGGUGAUUAUGAUCCUGAAUUAUCAGCUGCUACGAAUCCGUGUUUGCCAAUGUUAGCUGCUAUCGAGCAAGACAAUAUCGGAAAAUUGAAAAAAUUGAUGUAUCAAAGUUCUGAUUCUAAAAAUUUACUCUAUUACACUUCUGGUUAUAUUAGUUGUGAAAUUGCUGAGUUUUUGAUUGAUAAUGGCGCUUAUUAUGAUGUAAAUUUAUCGAACGCUUUACGUAAAGCUAUUGAAUGUGAAAAUAUACCGACAGUUAAAUUAUUGAUAAGAAAAGGAGCUGUUGAUUUUACAGAUCAGUGGACGGUAAAAGGACAUCUUGAUAUUGCUUUUGAUAAGAAUAAUAUUGAAAUGAUUGAGAUAUUGAUUGCUGCUGGCUGUGAUGUAACCAAAUCAUUCGAUAUUAAUAACUCACUUCAUAUUGCAGUUAUUCAGAAUAAUUACGAAAAAAUAAAAAAUUUAAUUGAGAAUGGAGUUGAUAUUAAUGACACUUCAUACUUUAAAAAAACGCCAUUAACUGUAGCCGUUGAAGAAAAUAAUAAACCAGUGAUUGAAUUAUUACUUAAAUACCGCACUAAACCUGAACAAGGAGCGAUUUUGGCUGCCAUUAAAAGUAAUAAUUUAGAGUUAGUUAAAAUGUUAAUCGAUGCAGGUGUUUAUAUUCCUCUGAACGCUUUGGUAAAACUAAUGAAGGACGUUAUUUAUGCAAAUGAAAAGAGAAUAUCUAUAAUUGCUCGAGGCGCUAAUAUCAAUCGCGUGAAUAGAGAUUCGGGGGCAUUUCAAUUGCCCACUUCUCGAAAAUACGAGGAAUUCAUCAAGUUAUUGAUCAAGAAGGGCGUGGAUGUGAACUAUAAGUCCGAAUUUAGAGGCUCACCUUUGGACAUUGCUUGUAAACAUAAUGAUCUUGAAUUAGUAAAACUAUUAGUAGAAGUUGGUGCCGAUGUUCAUAUAUCAUUAGUUGAUUAUUUCCCAAUAGAAUCAGCUAUUAAAUAUAACAAUUACCAAUUGGCUGAGUACUUAGUCAAUCAUUGCACUGGUGCUAACAUUACUUGCGACUAUUCAGCGGCAUUAGUAUACGCUGUUCAAAAAAAAAGGAUAAAAAUAGUGGAAUUACUGAUUAAAAAUGGUGCCAAUGUUAAUUACAUGCCAUUAUAUAACUCUUCUGCUCUCCUCCUCAGUAUUAAAAACUGCACGCCUGAAAUAACGGAAAUUUUAGUGAAAGCUGGUGCCAAUACAAAUAUGAAUUUGAGAAAUAAUACACCGUUGAUUGAAGCUAUCGAAUUGACGGACUACAAAAUGGUUCAAUAUUUUAUAGAAAAUGGCGCAGAUGUAGAUGUCAGUAUUAAUAAGGUUGGGUCAUUAUUAAAUUGGGGUUUUCGUAAAUCUACAUUAGCAGUUAUUAAACUCGCGCUGGAUGUUGGUGCUGAUGUUAAUGUCGUUAACGAAAAUGGCAAGACGGCAAUUGAUUUUUUCUCAAAUACUGAAAACUUCCAGACAUUAAUCGAACAUACUAUUAAAUUAAAAGCUGCUAAUUUAUAUCUGAUAGAUAAAAAUCUAGAUGCUGUCAAAGGUAAUCAAUUUGAAGAUUUUUACUCCAAGUGCUUGGAUGAAGUUGAAUUUAUGAAGACACAAUGGUAUGUUGGAAAGAAUAGUUUCUAUGAUAUUUUGCACUCGUGUGUGAAUGAAAUCUCUCAAAAUAUUAAAUGCAUCAGUAAAGAUGACAUUAUUUUUGAUAAAAAUGCAUUAUGUAGUAAAUUUAAACUGUAUGGUGGAAUUAUUUACUAUCGUGUAUUAAAAGCUGAGCAGCAUAAGGAGUAGUUGGUUCAUGCUGACAAAAUAAUAUCUCAUUUAUUUGCUGAUUUACUACCAGAUAUUUUUAGACAAGAUGUUUGAGAUUUUUUAAAUAAUGAGGAACUUAAAAUUGUAAUAAUUCAAAAUUAAUAAUUAGGUUAAAAAUAAAAUUUAUCAAUACGAAUUAUAUGUCAUAUUUUGCAUUUUUUAUUAUUAUUAUUGUACUAAUUAUUAUAUUUUAAGUAUUUUUUUAAGAUGAAUAAAUAAUUAUA